GUUACUUUGACUCCUUUCAUUAGAAGUGCUCACUUUGGUCAGCCAGACAAGACAAUGCGCUUCCUUAUCCGCGUCUUCAUCAUUAUAGUUUCUUUUGGGUUCAUUUCCAUCUUGUGGUUUAUCCGGAGACACACACCACUGAUCCAAGACAAUCUGAGUAUUAAGGAUGAAGGAGCAGAUUCACCGGUGACAUUUGACACUCUUCUGCAUGUUCAACUGCUCAAGAAAAAAACACUGAGGUCCUUCUGCAGCAAACGUAGCAAAAUCAACCAACUUCCUCAUACCCAGCAAGAAGCUUCUCAAACACUAUCUUCCAUUGCGGUGAACAACAAAUUCAAUUUCCUGUAUUGCAAAGCACCAGGCACUGGGGUGGAAGGCUGGGAGCAGCUAUUGGAAAUGCUGAUGGAGAAAGAAGAUGUUACAUUACAGAUGCCAGUCCACUACCACCAGCAGUUUGGAACUUCUAAGGCACUGAGACAGUAAGAGCUGUUCAGCAAUGGAAUCAAUUACCUACAGAGGAGGUGGGGUCUCUUUCUCUUGGUGCCUUCAAAAAGAGGCUGGACAACUAUCUGCUGGUGUUGCUCUAGCUGGAGAUCGUGCAUUGGAGAUGGGACUAUUCCAUUUCACUAACAGAAGAAGAACAGGAUGGGGCAGGCGAUGUCGCAGAAUGUCAUGUGAUAAUUUUUGCCCAUGUGAUAAUCUCCUAAAUCUAUGAUUCUAUGAUUCUGUGACAAAGGUAAUAAAUGUCAGCUAAUAAAAUUCUUCUCUCCAUUGCCAGUAACAAAAGAAACUCCCUUUGAGAUGUAGGGUGACUCUAUCCUGUGCAAAGCUGCAACACCACUCCUUCCCGUUUUGAGACAGAGUACUGUGAAUUUCCUAAGAAGUAUUUACACUGUCACAUUUGAGGCUCUUUCUCACUAUACAAUUAUAGCACUAUGACUCCUCUUUAACUGUCAUGAUUCCAUCCUGUGGGUAGGGAAGGACUCUAGUGACUCAUCAGAGUACAAACCCCAGGAUUUCAUUGGAUGAAGUCAUGGUAUGUAAAGUGGAAUUAUAGUGGUAUAUUUGUACAGUGUGAAAGGGCCUCAGAAAUAUGUUUAGGUGAUGUAACAGGUAAAACCUGCCACUGACAGUGAAAUUCAGGUUGUUUUACCAUCUGAAUCACCAUGAUGUGCUUUUGGGGGAUUUUGUUGUGUUUUACAGCAUAAUAGCACAGCUGCCUCUGAGUCCAUAUGGCCAAGAUCCCACAGCAGGAGAUGUACAUAUAUCAUGCAGCUUUGUCUAUGUAGUUAUGUCUCCCAGUGCUUCCAUCCCAAAAGCCACCUUAUAAGCAACACAACUCCCCAGCACAGCCAUUUCUGUGUUGUCAGAAUAGCAGGAUCACUGUGAAUGUGUCUAAUGAUUUUCCUGUAGCUGAAUGCACUGUGACAGGCAUCCAUGGGGGCCCAUGAGAGAUCUCUGCAGAUCAUGUCCUUACAGUGCACCCAUGUGUGUGAGAGUUUUGUGUACCUUCAAGUCAUUUCCCACCUUAUGGCAACCCUAAGGCAAACCUGUCAUGGGGUUUGCUUGGCAAGAUUUCAUCACAGGUGGUUUGCCAUUGUCUUCUCCUGAGG